AUGGAACUGCUUGCCGAUUUGCGAAAUGGCGACGACAACAUUCACAAGCACAGAUUUCGCGAUUUGUGGUACGGAGAGUGGGGGGACGACGUGCAAGCCAAAAUGCUCCAAGCGUGGAAGGAUCUGGGACAUCCCGAUCAUUGGCCCACGGCCGAACGGAAUUUGGUAGCGCUGUGUCGUCAAGAUCCCACUUAUAUCCAACCAUUUGCUCUGCUGUCCAAACUCUACUGUCUCCAAGGACGCUUUCAAGACUCCACCGAAAUGUGCCAGCGCAUUUUGGAACUCAAGCCCUAUCAUUUCAUGGUCAUUGAAACUAUGGUUGCCAAUUCCUUUGCCCUUCAACAACUAGUAGAGUCUGAGUCCAACCACCAAGACUGGCAAGCCAAACGAUUGCCACCGCCGUCGCAGCCCAAGGAACGGCUGGAGUGGGUCAAAGCCGCCCGACAAGAUGCCACGCGAUUGUUGGAAAAAGCCAAACAGGGGAACCUUCCACGAGGGAGCGAGGAGGGGGUUCGUACUGAAGAGCCAGAAUCUUGGCAAUAA